AUGGCAGAAGCAAAAGAACUCAAUUCCUCCCUCACCAAACUGAGCCUAGACCCCCAGCCCUCGAAAUCCUCCAAGUCCUUCAAGCAAAAGCAGCAAACGCUCGCCGACUCCUGGGAAGACGAAGACGAAGACGAAGCAUCAGGCGAAGAUACAGACCGUCCGCUCUCUCCCCAACAAUCAGCAGACUACCCCAGCGCACCACCCCCCACACCCAUCUCCCCAAGCUACAACCGCGAGUCAAACUUCAUCAGUCCGUAUGGCUACAAUGCAAGCGAUACAAUCCCAGAGAGAAGUGGGAGUGCUAGUUCUAGGCCCGAGAAAACGGAUGCGGUCGCGAAACGCAUGAUUGCUGGGGCGUUGGGCGUCAGGGCACCGAAGAAGACCGAGGAGCAGAGGGCGUAUGAGAAGGCUGUCAAGGAGAAGGAGAUCAAGCGGCGAGAUCAGGAGAAGGAGGCGGCUGUGAGAGCGAAGGAGCAGGCGGAGAAGGCCAAGGCUGCUAUUUGGGAGGAUUAG